AGAUGGACAUAAAAGACGUCUUCGCUCUGGCUUUGAUUUUAAUUUUAAAUAUUGAUACCCUGCUUGUCUUCGGCACGCUUCCUCCGUUCGACAAACACGGAACACGCUCUUUGAAUACAACCAAAACCGAGGGCAAUGGUUAUGAAAAUGGUACCCACAUGGAAAUCCUAAACGAAAAUUCGUGGAAAAUCAAUUUAUCUGGAGACCAAGACUACAGUUUUGAUAUACCAGCCGUACCUAGCAGGGAAGAUGGAAAACUGUACAAAGUGGACAGCUUGCGGGGACAUUACUCGACAGAUAAAAAAACAGGUUUGGACAGAAGAAAAAGAAUGUCAGGGAACCGGGUCAUCAUCACACAGCAUUUCACGGAGCGAACCAUCACACCCGGCGGUGAUAUCAGCAUGCAGUGCGCAGCCACUGGCGAUAAGCCCCCGCAGUUCAUUUGGGAAAGAGACGGCAUUGUGGUGUCAAGCAAUACAGAUCCCAGAUAUGCUUUAGGACAAGUCAUGACAUCAGACAAUUCGGUGAUCGCCCAACUAAAUAUAACAAGAGUCAGAGUCGAAGAUGGAGGGCUUUACACGUGUACCGCUAAGGAAGGAGAAUAUAGUGCUAGUCAUGAAAAUAGACUGGAUAUUUAUGGCCCACCAUAUAUCAGAUCCCUGCCACCAAUCAAAGUGCAGAGCGGAGAAUCGGUAAAUUUAAGAUGUCCAUACUACGGAUAUCCAAUAAGUAAAAUCGAUUGGGAACAUCAAGGCCAAAUCGUCAGCAGCAACGGCCUCUUCCAAAGCAGAUACAAAAGGUCAAUAGCCCAACGCCGCAAAAUCAGGAGAAACGCACCCACCGUCAACAUUCAUGGCAUACUCACCAUCUCGGAAGUCGACAAAGAACAAAGCGGUGCUGUAUACACUUGCAUCGUGACAAGUCCGUCAGGGGAAAUGGCCAGAAGGGCUUUCGAGAUCCAAGUUAUCGAAGCGCCAGUUUUAGAUGAACUGCUUUUGGGAAGCAACCUGCAGGAGGGGCAGAUAGCAAACAUUUACUGCAACGUCAGGACUGGAGAUUUGCCGAUACACUUCGAAUGGUUGAAAGACGGGAAGAGAAUACCUAGCAGUUUGAAGGUGGCAGAAAGAAACUCGGAGCUUUUCAGCGCCCUGGUAAUCAAGAAAGUUUCUUUAGAGCAUUGCGGUACUUACACUUGCGUCGCUUCGAACCACGUAGCAAAAGUUAAUCGAUCCACUGAGCUUUAUAUCAAAGUUGCUCCGAAAUGGUUGGAAGAGCCAUCAAAUACAUCAUUACUUCUCGGCAGGAAGGGAGCAGUCUCGUGUAGUGCUAGCGGAUAUCCUCAACCACAAGUGCAUUGGAUGAAAAAGGACGCACUGUUAGGAACGUGGCAACCAGUUUUGGAGCUAGCUGGCGGUGGAAUACUCAACCUUCCGAAUGGCACGCUCGUUAUUGAGGACGUGUCAGUCACGGACGAGGGUUUGUACUCGUGCAAUGUUGAAAAUGGCGUCGGCCAGCCUCUAAGCAAAACCAUUUGGAUGAGCGUGAACAAGCCGGUCCAUUUCGACUCAUCAUCCUCAAACGUGACGUCACAGCUCGGCCAUGCAGUCUCGCUGCAGUGCAGAGCUCUCGGCGACGACCCUAUCCGCAUUUCGUGGACUAAAGAUGGGAAGAUCAUUAAUCUUCAGAAUCAGAGAUUACAGCAUUUGGACUCGAAGGCAAACCAAGGAUUGGAAAGCACCAUCAAUAUUCAAUACUCAGAGACGACUGACGCAGGGCUUUACCAAUGUCGAGCGAAUAAUCCAUACGGUUCUGCGAUUUUUAAUAUACACCUCACGAUAUUGGAGCCACCGAGUCCACCUGCAGAAGUUCGCGUAGAAGCAGUACGCCCUCGAGCCGCACUCUUGUCGUGGCGGGACUCUGCAAGGUCCUCGGUCGCGAACUACCUCGUCCAAUACUGCGCUCUGAAUUACGACCACGACUGGGAUCGAGCAAUCACCAUUAAUCACACUCGCAAAGACCUCGACAUCCGCCAGUCUCUAGAACUACAGAAUCUUCGGCCAGCAACGUCAUAUGCAGUGAGGGUUGCUUCAACGAACCAAGUCGGCAUCAGCCAAUACACUGCGCCACUGCACUUCACAACCCACGAAGAAGCUCCUACUUCACCACCGGUAAACGUUCAAGUGGAACAAACCGAGAAUCCCGGAGAACUGUAUAUCUCGUGGCUACCUCCUCUUAAAGAGACCCAUAACGGUAUUCUUCUCGGCUACCAUCUGAAGGCGGUUGCGCAGAUUAGUGGCGCUGAGGAAGCUGAUUCGAGGACGUUGAAGGUCUCACAGUUGUCCGGCAAACAAGAAACCGUUGUCAGCGGACUCCUCAAAAAUACUAGAUAUGCUGUAUCGAUAUCAGCCUUCACUAGUGCGGGUUCGGGACCAUUCUCGUUACCAGUCUUCCGAGACACGAGAGAAGGAGCACCGGAGCAGGCCCCGUCUUCGGUGGAGUGCACGGCUGUCUCUCCCACCUCGCUACGUAUCGGCUGGCAGCCUCUGAUGUCACCGGGACACGGCAGCUCUCUCGUGGGGUACACUUUGCUAUAUGCAACCGAAGAAGGACCUUGGAACAAUGUAACUUCACUCCACACCGAGAUUUAUCUUCAAUCGCUGCUGAAGUACACGAAUUACACCAUCAAAGUGGCCGGCUUUUCCAACUACGGAGCUGGUCCUUACUCGUACCCGAUCGUAUGCGCCACACUUGAGGAUGUUCCGGGUCCUCCGCCUGGCAUCAAAGUGCUGGUGACAUCAGCCACGUCACUCCUUAUCAGCUGGAAAAGACCAGACCAGCCCAACGGUGAGAUUCUCCACUUCACAGCAUACAUCAAACCAACAACCAGCAAUGGUCCACCUCAGACGCACGUCGUUGAAAGCUCAAAGACCACAAAAGAGGUGCGAGAACUCAGGACCGGAUCCUCAUAUGAGUGCUGGGUCACAGCUUCCACCCGAGCCGGGGAAGGACCCCCUAGUAGAAGAGUUUCACACACGCCAACACAUCGAGUGGUAGCGGGUGUGUCGUCCCUAGGCGGGGUGGUGUCGGCUGGCGCUGGCAGCUCGGUGCUGCUGGGAUGCGCGUGCGUGGGGACGCCGGCGCCGCGCACCGUGUGGUACCGACACCACCACAUCAUCACGCACCACCCCAGAUACACCAGGAACCAUGAUGAUAGUCUGCUCAUUAACAACAUAGAUCAGUCUUUAAGUGGGAACUACACCUGCCUGGCCAAGAACCUCUACGGGUCUGAUUCCGUUGAGUACAAUGUAAUUGUGCUACCUUUGCCUGAAGCGCCAAUUCUGAGGGCUACACCAUACAAAGACUCAAUUUUAGUAGAAUGGGAACAACCUUACUACAUCACCAACAGAAGUUCCAUUCAAAAGAUUAGUUACAGUCUCACGUGGAAGGAAGCAAACGGUCAGUGGCAGGAAGCGUGGCAGGCUAACAAGAUGCCAGACUUAUCCACAGUCCAUAAGUACUCCUUAAAAGGGCUCAAGUGUGGUACAAAAUAUUCUCUAAGGAUCACAGCUACAAACAAAGUUGGUACAUCACAACCGGCGUAUUUAGAAGUCAGCACGUUGGGAGGAGCACCUGUAGCCCCAUCUACGAAUGAAUGGCUUUGGAGCAAUAGCUCCCAUAUUGUGGUGCAAAUGGCUGGGUGGGAGUCAGCCGGCUGUGAGCUUCGAACUUGGGAAGUUGAUUACAAAGCUCUCGGAGCAAGAACUUGGAUACGCACUAGAAGUAACACGGCUGUAACCGACAGUUGGAAUAUGCUGUACCAAGAUCCAACAUUUCGCUCCGGCUCUCUGGCCAUCGCUGGCCUAGCUCCUGGUACUUGGUACCAGGUCAGAGUGACGGCCACCAACGAAGCCGGAAGCGUAACCUCGCUUUAUAAUUAUGCAACAAAGAAUGAGGACGGAAGUGAAAUCGGCCCGCCCUCAGAUCUCUUUGAUCUGAACAUGCUUGUGAUAAUCUGCAGCUCUAUACUACUGACAGUGUGUCUUCUCGCUUGUCUCUACAUUUUAAUUAAAAGACGAAGAAGCGGCAACCUAACAGAAUACAGGGAUUCAAUAACGAAUGACAAUAAAUCUGACAACGGCAACCUGACGGCCAACACUUCGCAUUCGAAUCUGGCCAACGUGAAAGAGAAUCCUGGGAAUCCACAAAACAGGAUAUACAGUGCACCGAUACAUAUGAGAAACAACAGUAAGCAUGUGUUAUUUUCAGAACUAUACGAGAUAAGUCCGUACGCGCAAUUCGCAGUUGGCUUCCGGACAUUUGGACAUGUUGAGAAUCAAGAUUUACCAAGUCGGGUCAAGCCCAGAUACGACACGGAGACGAGUUUCCAAGUCUGUUCAGAAUCCGAAGACAGCGAUAGCAUAUCAAAAUCCACGUUAAAAAGCGUUCCAAGGAAAAUAUGCAGAACUCCGCAUCGCAGAUAACUGAUUACUGCAAGAUAAAAACGAAUGGACCACACUAGAAGGAUAACUGCAUACGAUUAACGAUUAAAAUUUAAUGUGUUAUUCAAUCAUACGGCUCUUUUAUGAAUGCACUUUCCUAUUGGACUAAGAGCCGGUCAAUUGGCUGUGCCGAUAUAAGUAUGCGUUAGAUACAAAUUGGUGGCACCA